AGUCGGAUCAAUGGGCGGAGGGCUAGCAUCGUUCUGGGAGGAACGGAACAUCCAGACUCUGGUGAUCCUGAGCUUCGCCCUGCAGGCCAUCCUCCUGUGCUGCGCAGGGAUCCGGCGCAGCCGUGAAGCCUCGGGUGUGCUGAGAAUCCUCCUCUGGCUGGCGUACCUGAUGGCCGACUACACCGCAAUCUACGCCCUUGGCCACAUGUCCAUCACCAUGACCAGAACCAGGUCUCCUCCAGGCGACCACCAGAUGCUGCGGAUGGUGCCAUUCUGGGCCCCCUUCCUGCUGCUCCACCUUGGUGGCCCGGACACCAUCACCGCCUACGCCUACCAGGACAACCAGCUCUGGCUGCGCCACCUGCUCACGCUCGCGGGGCAGGUGCUCGGCGCCGCCUAUGUCAUGUACCUGUUCGUCGCCGCCGGCAGGAGCCCGGCCGGGACGCUGAUCGCCGCUGCUGCUCUGAUGUGCGCCACCGGCUGCCUCAAGUAUGGCGAGAGGACGUGGGCGCUCAAGUGCGGCGGCAUCGACAGCAUCAAGAGCUCCCUCGAUGACGACGGCAAGCCGUCGGCAGCCGGUGGUCCUUACCAUGGGAGGGAGGGGGCAAAGAGGCUGGACACGGAGGAGGUCCUGCUGGGAGCCCACCACAUGCUCAAUUUCUGCAAGGGCCUCCUGGCCGAUGGGCCGGUGAUGCAGAAGUCUGAGUACGAGGUCGUGCGGCAAGGCAUCCGGCUCAACGGCGGCAACUACCUGUUCCAGCUGGCCGCCAUGGAGCUCUCCCUCCUGUACGACAUCCUCUACACCAAGGCGGCAGUGCUCCACACCUGGCACGGCUUGUGCAUCCGGAUCGUCGCGCCGCUCUCCGUGGUCGCGGCGUUCGUGCUGUUUCAGCUCAGCAGCAAGGACGCCUACGGUGGAGCUGACGUCGCCGUCACCUACGUCCUGCUCGUGGGAGCCAUGGCAUUGGAGCUCGCCUCGUGUCUCAGGGCGGCAGGGUCUUCCUGGGCGUGCGCGUCCUACCAUGCCCAAGGAUGGCACCGGCUCUGCGGCGCGGUGAUGCGCCUCCGGCGGAUGCUGAAAGUUGGAGCAAGGAGGAGUGCCACCCUGGACUCGCUUGGGCAGUACAACCUGCUGGACCUCUGCACCGACGCCAACAAGGAUGGCCACCUGAGAGGCAAGAUCGCCAGGAUGAUUGGACUCAAGGACCGAUGGCAGAAGAUGCACUACUCGAACACCGCCCCCAUCUCCGACGCCAUCAAGGCCCUGGUGCUGGCAGAGAUCCGGAAGAGGAAAAUAGAUGAUCUGAGGAAUGCACGGGGCAGGUGGAUCCUGAAACAGAAAGAGAUGUACGAGGAUCUCACGCGGAUCGCCGACGACACCGAGCUGGACCGCAGCAUCAUCGUGUGGCACAUCGCCACCGAUCUCUACCUCUCCAUGUGCCCCGGACCUGACCCUGACCCUCACAAGGAGGUCCGGGACGCCAUCAGGGUGCUCUCCAACCACAUGCUGUUCCUCAUGGUGGUGCAUCCCUACCUGUUGCCCGGAGUUGUUCGCAACGGCCGGUACAAGGAGAACUUGAAGUACUAUGAUAUGGUGUGGUGGCUUAAGUUGAAGUCCACCAAGGAAAGCACACUGAAGCUAUCCAGAUCGGAGAUCAUCAGCAAGAUAGCCGACUGGCAGCUCCCGGCUGAUUCGAGGCGCAAGUACAUUCACGGCAUCGGCGAGGAAGCUGCUGACGACGUCGGCGACAGGCCGGUCUAUGCCGACGGAUCCUGGCUCGCCGGGAUGCUGCAGGGCAACAGGUGGUGCUUGCCCGCCGCUGACAUGCUGGAGGUGAUCGCCGGCGUGUGGGUGGAGAUGCUGUGCUACGCGAGCCACCACUGCGGCGAGGAGUCUCACGCCAAGAAGCUAAGCACCGGAGCAGAGUUCAUGAAUGCCGUCUGGCUCAUCAUAGGGCAUGCCACGGUGUACGACAGAUACGCGCCAUCCGCUGAGGGCCUGACAGGGGGUUUAGGGCUGAGCAACCCUCCGCGCAAGCCGAAGCUCCCUGCGAGAUGGAUGCAGCAGCCAGAGGCGGUCGUAGGACCCCGACCACCUGGUGUACCACCCGGUGUUCACCCUGCGUACGCGCCAUUUUUUGACGUUGAAGCACACCAAACACCGAGCACAUCAUGUGCACAACGGCAUCACCAAUAAUUAUCGUGUUACCUGCUUUAAAUAGAUUUUUAGCAGUUCAAUUUUAUUUUAACAAUGAAGUUGUGUAAUAGCACCAGUCUUGUGGAAUAUUUUGUGCUGGAGUGCGAGAGGAUUGAACUGUGAAAAUAAAUGGCUUGCGCUUCGUAACCAAAUUGAUGAAUCGGGA